CGCAGGCCCCGCCCCCUCUGCACACACUCAAAGCUUUUCCGGUUAUCGAUCAGGUGACAGCAGCGGAGACAUAACGGGGAGAGGAGAGGAGAGGUCUAGUGGACGGGCUGGAUGCCGGGCCCCACCUCUGCUGCCCCAUGGAUCCUCUGGGCGCCCGCUCGUGUUUUGUGGACACUGAUUCGUUACCGUGUUGGUCGGGGUUACCAGGAGGGAGCGAUGUUCCCGAUUCGUCGGUGUGGUCGGAGGACAUGGAGCGUCAUGGCGUCUGCUCACCGUUCCCGUGCAGAGAGGACAUUAACCAGAAGGUGAUCCUGUGGAGCGGUGACGUGGCGUUACUGAACUGCACCGCCGUGGUCAACACCAGCAACGAAACCCUCAACGACAAGAACCCAGUGUCGGACAGUAUAUACCGCCACGCGGGGGCCGAGCUGCAGGAGGAGAUGCAGAAGCUGAAAGGCUGCAGGACAGGAGAGGCUAAGCUCACCAAAGGGUUUAGUUUGGCUGCCCGCUACAUCAUCCACACGGUUGGUCCUAAGUACAAGAGCAAGUACCGUACAGCGGCCGAGAGCUCCCUGUACAGCUGCUACCGAAACAUCCUCCAGCUCGCCAAGGAGCAGGCGGUGUCCUCCCUGGGGUUGUGCGUUAUCAGCACUCUGAAGAGGGGCUACCCGCUGGAAGAUGCCACACACAUCGCCUUACGCACGGUGCGGCGGUUCCUGGAGUCUCACGGAUCGGCGCUGGAUAAAGUGGUGUUUGCAGUGACGGAGCAGGAGGAGGCCACGUACCUGCAUCUGCUUCCGCUCUACUUCCCCCGGUCCCUCGAGGAGGAGCAGAACUCCCUGCCCCUGUUGCCCCCAGAUAUUGGGAAUGCGGAGGGAGAACCUAUCGUUCCGGAGCGACAGAUCCGGAUCUGCGAGAAGCCGGGCGCGCAUGAAGACAAUUCGGAGGAGGAUGAGGGUCUGGGGCACGAUCUGGCUCUCAUCGGCUCGCACGCAUUUGCACGUAUGGAAGGCGACGUGGACAAGCAGCGGCGACUGGCACUGCAGGGGCACAUGUCCGGCCUCGCUCUACAGAAGCAGCACCAGCGGAAUUACAAUCGCUGGCUGUCUCGGGCGCGGACAGAAGACCUCUCGGACAUCGCCGCUCUGAAGGCGUUGUACCAGUCCGGCGUGGAUAACUGCGGCCGCACCGUCAUCGUCAUUGUGGGACGGAACAUUCCCGUCCCGCUCAUCGACAUGGAGAAGGCCCUGCUGUACUUCAUCCACAUGAUGGACCACGUGGCCACCAAGGAUUACGUCCUGGUGUAUUUUCACACCCUGACCGGCGAGCACAACCACCUGGACUCCGACUUCCUGAAAACCGUGUACGACGUUGUGGACGCCAAGUAUAAGAAGAACUUGAAGGCUGUUUUCUUUGUCCACCCAACGUUUCGUUCUAAGGUGUCCACCUGGUUCUUCACAACCUUUACCGUGUCUGGAUUAAAGGAUAAGGUCCACCAUGUUGACAGCCUGCACCAGCUCUUCACCGUCAUCUCCCCGGACCAGAUAGAGAUCCCACCAUUUGUGCUGGAUUACGAUGCGCGGGAGAACGGACCCGUCUUCCCAUCGCAGUCCUCGGGCCUCUGACUCUGCCCCCUCCUCGUCUGUACGAUCCUCUUUGGGCGGUGGAAGUCUCCUUUGCUGCUUCUCUGUGCUUAUUAUCGGACUGGACGCCGGCGAGCGAUGGACAAUGCUUUAUACGUGUGACCUGACAACCCCUAGAGACGAUGGACUGUGCUGUACAGCGCGGUGUCAGAUGACAUUUAUACCUGUGUAAAUAUUUCAGGACUGAUCCCAGUGGGUAAUAAAGUCCCUUUAUAAGGUGAACCCCCCCCCUCCCCGCGGCCU